UAAUUGAGCGUUGAGCAGACACAGAGCAGAGAUUUACAUCGGAUAAUACCAAAGAAUGGCCGAUCCAACAUUACAAACUUUUUGUUGUCAUUAUACAAACCGAACAGACAAGGCUAUAGCGAUAAUGCAAGAAUUUAAUACUGAUGCGUACAAUACGGUGUGCAUGAUAUCAUCGACAAUGGGUAUGAUAGGUGCGAUUUAUCAGAUAUUACCUCGGGAAGAUUUGAAUAUUUCUCAACGAUGGAGAAGCUUUUCUAGAGGGCGAGAUAUUAUUGUAUGGCUUGCUGUUGCUGAUCUCUUAGCAUCUUUAGGUGUGUUUGUAAGGUCGGCAUUGUGGAGGAAUUUCAAGUCUAUCAUGCCAAUGGAAGGCGAUAUGUCGAGUGUUAUUUUUUGCGCUUUGUCGUCGGCGUGGACUCAAUAUUUCUAUAUGGCUACAUGGAUAUGGACAUUGUGUUAUGCAGUAGACAUGAAGUUAUUAUUAGGCGAUAAAAACGGCUAUUCUAUAUAUUAUCAUACUUUAGCCUGGGUGCUUCCAGCCAUUCUUACCUCAUUUGGACUGAUCAUCUUAUAUAUUCCAGAUGCAAAUUGUCACAAUUUGACAUCAUUAUCCAGUGCCAUAUUGCGUAUUCUUCCAAACUACUGUGCUACAUAUGUAUUAUUGGCAGUAGUCAUGAUCGCAAAUCCUAUUUUGUAUAUUGCAUCAACUCGAGAUCUUGAAACGGCAGUUUUACAUAGCAUGGCUCAAAUGACUGGAAGGGAACGAAGAUUGAUACAAACAGUUAGAUUAAAAUUUGCUCUCAUCAAUUUGGUCUACUAUGUAUGCUGGACGCCCAAUUUAAUUAAUGGGAUAUUAUUGUGGACUCUAUGGUUUAAGUUGCCGAUUACGGCAAUUAUCACUUUGUGGUAUAUAAUGGCUGUGACAAAUCCUCUUCAAGCGUUCUUUAAUGCGAUUGUUUAUCAAUCAUGGAAUAGAAGAGAAAAAUUGCGUCUUGAAUGUUGUCAAGAUUUCAAAUCGAGUACCAAUAUACAUUUAAAUGCGAUCGAGAAAAGAAAUAGUAGUGGUCAUUUUUCUGAAUCAUCUCCACUAUUGAAUCCAAGAAGAGAAUACAGACAGAAUAUACCACAUAUCAGCAUAAACGGAUCUUCGUCUCUGUGAGAAUUUUUUACUGCCAGUCUUAGAAAUGUAAAUAUUAUAUAUACUAUCCUAUUUUUAAAGAGAAUAAUUUUAAUAUAUAAAAUGAUUAAAAGAUUUACAUAUCAUAAAGUCAGACUCAAUGUGCAUGAAACUUUCGAAAUCUCAGAAAAUUGAAGUCUCGACAAGUGCAAUAAAAUUUUUUGAAAAAUUUUGUGAUAUAAAAAUAAUUGUAGAGUAAAAAAAAAUAUUUUUUAAUAUUUUUAAUAUU